UCCAGUUUUCGCGCGAAAACCGGUGGCUGCUGGUGCGGUGGAGCUAGCGCGGAAAUGGCGGAGUCUUCUGAGUCCUUCUCGGCAGCAUCUAGCCCUGCCCGGCAGCGUCGACGGGUCAGUGAUCCCCUCACCUCCAGCCCUGGCCGCAGCUCCAGACGUGCCGAUGCCCUUACCUCCAGUCCUGGCAGAGAUCUACCGCCGUUUGAGGAUGAGUCUGAGGGGCUGCUGGGCACCGAGGGGCCCGUUGAAGAGGAAGAGGAUGGCGAGGAACUCAUUGGUGACGGCAUGGAGAGAGACUACCGUCCCAUUCCUGAGCUUGAUGUCUACGAGGCAGAGGGAUUGGCCCUGGAUGAUGAGGACGUGGAGGAGCUGACAGCCAGUCAGAGGGAGGCAGCAGAGCGGGCCAUGAGGCAAAGGGACCGUGAGGCUGGCAGAGGCCUGGGCCGCAUGCGCCGGGGGCUGUUGUAUGACAGCGACGAGGAAGAUGAGGAGCGGCCUGCCCGUAAGCGCCGCCAGGUGGAGCGCGCCACAGAGGACGGCGAGGAGGAUGAGGAGAUGAUCGAGAGCAUUGAAAACCUGGAGGACCUGAAGGGACACUCGGUUCGUGAGUGGGUGAGCAUGGCGGGGCCCAGGCUAGAGAUCCACCACCGCUUCAAGAACUUCCUGCGCACCCACGUGGACAGCCACGGCCACAACGUCUUCAAGGAGCGCAUCAGUGACAUGUGCAAAGAGAAUCGCGAGAGCUUGGUGGUGAAUUAUGAAGACCUGGCAGCCCGGGAACAUGUGUUGGCAUACUUCCUACCCGAGGCACCGGCCGAGCUGCUGCAGAUCUUUGAUGAAGCUGCCCUGGAGGUGGUGCUAGCCAUGUACCCUAAAUACGACCGCAUCACCAACCACGUCCAUGUGCGCAUUUCCCACCUGCCCCUGGUGGAAGAGUUGCGUUCACUGAGGCAGCUACACCUGAACCAGCUGAUCCGUACCAGCGGCGUGGUAACCAGCUGCACUGGAGUCCUGCCCCAGCUCAGCAUGGUCAAAUAUAACUGUACCAAGUGCAACUUUGUACUGGGGCCUUUCUGUCAAUCUCAGAACCAGGAGGUGAAGCCUGGUUCCUGCCCUGAGUGCCAGUCAGCUGGGCCCUUUGAGAUCAACAUGGAGGAGACCAUCUAUCAGAACUACCAGCGUAUCCGCAUCCAGGAGAGUCCCGGCAAGGUGGCGGCCGGCCGGCUGCCUCGCUCCAAGGAUGCUAUUCUCCUUGCUGAUCUGGUGGACAGCUGCAAGCCUGGAGACGAGAUAGAGCUGACUGGCAUUUACCACAAUAACUACGAUGGCUCGCUGAACACCGCCAAUGGCUUUCCAGUUUUUGCCACUGUCAUCUUGGCCAACCAUGUUGCCAAGAAGGACAACAAGGUGGCGGUCGGUGAGCUAACGGAUGAGGAUGUGAAGAUGAUCACCAGCCUUUCCAAAGACCAGCAGAUUGGAGAGAAGAUCUUUGCCAGCAUUGCGCCCUCCAUCUAUGGGCAUGAAGACAUCAAGAGAGGCCUGGCUCUGGCCCUGUUUGGAGGGGAGCCCAAGAACCCAGGAGGAAAGCACAAGGUUCGAGGUGACAUUAACGUGCUAUUGUGUGGGGACCCUGGCACAGCAAAGUCUCAGUUCCUCAAGUACAUCGAGAAAGUGUCCAGCCGUGCCAUCUUCACCACGGGCCAGGGUGCAUCAGCUGUGGGUCUCACUGCAUAUGUUCAACGGCAUCCUGUCAGCAGGGAGUGGACCUUAGAGGCUGGAGCCCUGGUCCUGGCCGACCGUGGCGUGUGUCUCAUUGAUGAGUUUGACAAGAUGAAUGACCAGGACAGGACCAGCAUCCACGAGGCCAUGGAACAGCAAAGCAUCUCCAUCUCCAAGGCUGGCAUUGUCACCUCGCUGCAGGCCCGCUGCACUGUCAUCGCUGCGGCCAACCCCAUAGGGGGCCGCUAUGACCCUUCGCUGACCUUCUCAGAGAAUGUAGACCUCACAGAGCCCAUCAUUUCCCGGUUUGAUGUCCUGUGUGUGGUGAGGGACACUGUUGAUCCAGUUCAGGAUGAGAUGCUGGCCCGCUUUGUGGUUGGUAGCCAUGUCAGACACCACCCCAGCAACAAGAAGGACGAGGGACUUACCAAUGGCAACACCUCAGAGCCAGCCAUGCCCAACACGUACGGUGUGGAGCCCCUACCUCAGGAGGUCCUGAAGAAGUAUAUCAUCUAUGCCAAGGAGAGAGUCCACCCAAAGCUUAACCAGAUGGACCAGGACAAAGUGGCCAGGAUGUACAGUGACCUGAGGAAGGAAUCCAUGGCAACGGGCAGUAUCCCCAUCACCGUGCGCCACAUUGAGUCCAUGAUCCGCAUGGCAGAGGCCCAUGCACGCAUGCAUCUGCGGGACUACGUGAUGGAAGACGAUGUCAACAUGGCCAUCCGUGUGAUGCUGGAGAGUUUCAUUGACACACAGAAGUUCAGCGUCAUGCGGAGCAUGCGCAAGACCUUUGCCCGGUACCUCUCCUUCCGGCGAGAUAACAAUGAGCUUCUACUCUUCAUACUGAAGCAGCUAGUGGCUGAGCAGGUGACAUAUCAGCGGAACCGCUUUGGGGCCCAGCAGGAUACCAUUGAAAUUCCUGAGAAGGACUUGAUAGACAAGGCCAGGCAGAUCAAUAUCCACAACCUGUCCGCCUUCUACGAGAGCGAGCUCUUCAGGAUCAACAAGUUCAGCCGUGACCUGAAACACAAGAUGAUUCUGCAGCAGUUCUGAGGUCAGCACUGACCCAGUGUCUGGACAGCUCAGCCACCACGCUGCACAUAGCCUGCUUCCACCAGGGGCUCAGUGCUCUAUGAAGUUGCCAUGCUAGCUAGAUAUACAUCUUUACCCAUGAGCCCCUGGGCACAGGCUAUGGUGUAAAAUGACUAUUCUUCUGAUCACCUCAAGAGAGCUCUUCUUGACAGAACCCUCUGCCCAAGCUCGGCAGCCUCCCAGAGUGCCUCAUAGCUGGUGUUCAGGAUGGGGUGUUCAGGUGAUGGACUUGACCACAACGGUUGCUGCUUUGGCAUGAGUUUUGUCUCUUUUAGCCUCAGAGCACCUUACAGGUAUUUGCAAACUUUUCUAGAACAUUCUUGGAGCCCUGUGCUCCUCUGACAGUGCAGCACUUGCUGGUCACCACCACUGAACCUGCUUCUUCCCAGCUAACCAGUGCCUUCAUUCACUUUUUGUACAGGUUUUUGCUUUAGUAGUUUAUUUUUUAAUAAAGUUGAAUACAA